AUGGGUCGGAGGAAAAUCGAGAUCAGAGCCAUCAAGGAUGAUCGUAAUCGUUCAGUGACAUUUCUCAAGCGCAAAGGCGGCCUCUUCAAAAAAGCCUACGAGCUCUCUGUCCUAUGUUCCGUCGACGUCGCGGUUAUUAUCUUUGGUCACAACAAGAAGCUAUAUGAGUUCUCCUCGGGCGACAUUAAUGAAACACUGCGGAGAUAUCAAUAUUAUGGAGCACCCCACGAACACAAAGGCCCUACCGAUUUCAAAAACAAGGGCGGGGAGGAUGACGACGAGGAGGAGGAAGAUGAAGAUCAGCCUGCGCACGCCCGGGAAGAGUCGCUGCCGCCUCAACACCUUCCUCCACAACUACAACACCACAACUCCUUCGCUCACAUCCAACAGCCCAUGGCUUCCGUCUCACCUCCAAUGCCCAAUGGCAUGUUUCAGCCUCGACACGGCACCCCCCAACCACCUCAUAUGAUAUCGAGACCGCCCUCGCAGAAUAUGAUCCGCCGGACGAGUUCGAACUUGGUGCCUAUGCAACAUCCUCAUCCUACUCCUCCUCCACCGCAGAAUGGGUUUGCCUAUGUACCCAAUCCGCCCAUCUAUAACCCCCAAGCGACUCCCCCAGUCCCUCCUCAACCUUCGCCCCAACCCCAAUAUCAGACGUUUCCCCCGCCUCAGCAACAACAGCCACAACCUCCACCACCGCUUCCACAGUCCCAUCAGCAGAUGCAACAAGCGCAUCAGCAAUACCUGCAGGAACAGAGACGACAUUCACAGCCGCCUCCGGUUUCACAACCUACUCUGCAACCUCCUCCCCAAGCCGAAGCCCGGGUCUCGCCUCAACCUGAAUCGCUAAAUCUCCGACCACCGGAGCAAGCCACACCACCCCAACCGAAGCAUCUGUCGUCCAAGUCGAGAAGUAUAUUCACCCCGAUAGAUGAGGGAGGCUCGGUCUUGGCACAGCAUUUCUUCGGUGCUCCAGAUCCUAAACCCCAAGUCAAGAAAGAGGAAGAAUCGCCCGAUCUCAAACCCCCGCCUCGAAGUACUACAGCUUCAGCUAUCCCUCGACCCAGUUCGCAAACGGGCCGGCCGCAAACGACAGUUCCCGAAUUUGCUCCGCCUGCCAGAACGAAUACGUCGGGAUCAAAAUCCGGUGCUCGACCAAAGUUGAACCUUCAAAUCCCCUCCGAAGCAGAAGACAACGAUUCGGCCACCGGAGGGUCGCCAUCACAGUCAGCUAACCCCUCAGCAAAUCCGGCCCGAGGCGGUGAUCAUAUCGUCUUACCUCCCCCAUCGCCGAGCGCUUCUGCGGUUAUGUCAGCUGGAACAAGUGGACCACCAAAUCCUUUUGCUCGCCCGCCACCGCCUACUUCGAAUGCAAAUCGAGAUGCGUACAAUGAUAAUCGUAAUACGAUUGAAACACCAAUAUCAGCCUUGCCCAGUCGGUAUAUGAAUAAUGAUCUUCUACCGAGUCCGAGCAAUUUCUUUUCGGAAUGGGACCGAAUGUCUGCUGUCUUACCGAGCCCCCUUGUCUUUCCAACACCUGCAGAUGGCAGAGGGUUAGGAUUCGGAAGUAGAGACGCGGCCCGAGAAGCUGCGAGCGAGCAAGCGAAUGGAGAAAAGAGGAAGGGGAGCGUUGAUCUACCGGAAAAAGAGGGAGAUGUUAAAAAAGUGAAGACCGGUGCGAGUUGA